CCGUAAGAUGCUAAAGUUUAGAUUCUUUUUUCCGAUUAAGCCGCAGCUUUAACCUAAUUUAAACCGUGAAUAUAACAGAAACUUCACAAUCCCUCCGGAUUUUUUUUUUGAAUUCCCCAUAAAGUGCCAAAGAAUAAAGCGUCGCAAGGAUUUUCCACAAAAAUGCUGAGCAGGCGCCAUCGCGGGUUGCCAACAUCGAUUUCCGCCAGCAGGACGAUGAUGAAGAUGAUGGAUGGCCAUCUAACCGAUCCGAUCCGAGCACCAUGGAUGUAUACCAAAUAGAGCUGGAGGCACAGGCACAAAUCCGCUCCAAUCUUCUGGUCGAAACCGGUGUGAAGCACUCUUCGGCGGAGCAGCAGCAGCUCCAGGUCAAGGAGGAGGACCUAAUCAAGGACUUUGCUCGGAACGAGGAACAACCAAGCGAAGGGGACGAAGACGAGGAGGAGGAGGAGGAGGAAGAAGACGACGAGGCAGAAGAAGAGGAAGAAGAGGCGGAGGAGGAGGAGGAAGAGGACGAAGGAGCCCUUGUGCCGGUGGUCAAUUUUAAUGCAAAUUCCGACUUCAAUUUGCAUUUCUUUGACACACCCGAGGACUCGUCCACCCAAGGGGCCUACAGCGAGGCCAACAGCUUGGACUCCGAGCAGGAAGAGGAGGACCAACAGCCUACGCAGCAGCAACAGCAGCAGCAGCAACAUCAUCGGGAGCUGCAGGAUUGCCUAAGUGCCAUCGAAGCGGAUCCCUUGCAGUUGCUGCAGUGCGACGAUUUCUACAGAGCAGCGGCGCCAGUGGAGAGUGUGGCAGUUGGUCUUACGCCACAGCAGCAGCAGCAGCAACAGCAGCACCAGCACUCCCACCAGCAUCAGCAACAGCGACAACAGCAACAGCAGCAACACCCCAGCCAGCAGCAGCAACAUCAGCUCAACUGCUCCACGCUGAGCAAUGGUGGAGGUGCUCUGUACACCAUCAGCAGUGUGCAUCAGUUCGGUCCGGCCAGCAGCCACAACAACAACAGCAGCAGUUCCCCCUCCUCCAGCGGCGCCCACUCAUCGCCGGACAGCGGCUGCUCGUCGGCCUCCUCCUCCGGAUCAACGGGCUCCUGCGGAUCCUCGGGGUCAUCAUCCUCCCACGCGGUCUCCUCCUCGUCGUCGUCCAGCUGCUCGGAUCACUUCGCACGGAGUGCAGUUGUCAAUGUCAGCGGCCACGCUCAUACAUCCUCGUCAGCGGUCAGCAGCAGCAACACCAACAGCAACAGUAACAACAACAACAAUAGCAGCAGCAUCAGCAGCAACAGCAACAGCAACAACGGCAGCAGUAACAACGUCAACCCCACAGCAACAUCUUCAUCUGUUGCGCAUCUAAACAAAGAGCAACAGCAACAGCAGCAGCAGCAGCAACAGACGACGCCGCAGCUGCAGCAGCAACACCAGCAGCAACAGCAGUUGCAACACCCGCAGCAGCAAUCUUUCGGCCUCGCCGACAGCAGCAACAGCAACGGCAGCAGCAGCAACAACAACAACAACUGCAGCAACAGCAACAACAACAGCAACGGAGUCUCCUCGAAGUCAUUUGUGCCCUGCAAAGUCUGCGGCGACAAGGCAUCGGGCUACCACUAUGGUGUAACCUCCUGCGAGGGUUGCAAGGGUUUCUUUCGUCGCAGCAUACAGAAGCAAAUCGAGUACCGCUGCCUGAGGGACGGCAAGUGCCUGGUCAUCCGGCUGAAUCGCAAUCGCUGCCAGUAUUGCCGCUUCAAGAAAUGCCUCUCCGCUGGCAUGAGCCGCGAUUCUGUACGUUAUGGUCGCGUUCCCAAGCGUUCCCGUGAGCUGAACGGAGCAGCCGCCGCCGCCGGGGCCUCCUCCUCCCUCAAUGUGGAUGACACCUCGGGCAACACACUGCACCCCAAUCAGUUACAGCAGCAGCAGCAGCAACAGCAGCAACAUCUCCUGCAGCAGCAGCAGCAACACCAGCAACAGCAACAGCAGCAACACCAGCAACUCCAGCAACAGCAACCGCAUGCCAGCGGCGCCAGAGUGAAGACACCGAGUACUCCACAAACGCCACAAAUGUGUUCGAUCGCCUCCUCGCCAUCGGAGUUGGGCGGUUGCAAUAGUGCCAAUAACAAUAACAACAACAAUAACAAUAGCAGUAGCGGCAAUGCCAGCGGCGGCAGCGGCGUGAGCGUCGGCGUUGUUGUUGUCGGCGGACACCAGCAGCUGGUGGGCGGCAGCAUGGUGGGCGUGGGCAUGGGCACCGAUCUGGGCGGGAGCCACCACCAGGUGGGCAUGUGCCACGACGGACUGGCCGGCACGGCCAACGAGCUGACCGUCUACGAUGUGAUCAUGUGCGUGUCGCAGGCGCACCGCCUCAACUGCUCCUACACCGAGGAGCUCACCAGGGAGCUGAUGCGCCGCCCCGUCACGGUGCCACAAAAUGGGAUCGCCAGCACAGUGGCAGAGAGCCUCGAGUUCCAGAAGAUCUGGCUGUGGCAGCAGUUCUCGGCCAGGGUGACGCCCGGCGUUCAGCGGAUUGUGGAGUUUGCGAAACGCGUACCUGGCUUCUGUGAUUUCACCCAAGACGACCAGCUCAUACUCAUCAAGCUGGGCUUCUUCGAGGUCUGGCUGACACACGUGGCCCGCCUGAUCAACGAGGCCACUUUGACCCUGGACGAUGGAGCCUAUCUGACGCGCCAGCAACUCGAGAUACUCUAUGAUUCGGACUUCGUGAACGCCUUGCUGAACUUUGCCAACACACUGAACGCCUACGGGCUGAGCGACACCGAGAUCGGGCUCUUCUCGGCCAUGGUGCUGCUGGCCUCCGACCGGACGGGCCUGAGCGAGCCGAAGGUGAUCGGGAGGGCCAGGGAGCUGGUGGCCGAGGCGCUGCGCGUCCAGAUCCUGCGCUCCCGGGCGGGAUCCCCGCAGGCGCUGCAGCUGAUGCCGGCGCUGGAGGCGAAGAUACCCGAGCUGAGGAGCCUGGGGGCCAAGCACUUCUCACACCUAGACUGGCUGCGGAUGAACUGGACCAAGCUGCGCCUGCCGCCCCUCUUCGCCGAGAUCUUCGACAUCCCCAAGGCCGACGACGAGCUGUAGGAUGUCAUUGGAUCUCGUCGCGAUUCCACCAGGGCCGUGCAAAAGCAAAAGCAAAUGCGAAUGCAAGAAACCGCAACAAAUUCUAUAUUCUACCACUUGUAGGCUUAAGCGACCAUAGCUAUAUAGGAGAUCGAGAAGGGAGGGCCGGAGAUCAGAUACACGUCUACUCAGCAUUACUGGAGAUAGUUCACUAAGCCUAUAUGCAUAUUAGCUAGCAGUGUUAGAGCGACUAGGACUCCCCGCUGAACAUAUCCAUGCGCAAACAUAAAUUAUUUAUUUCAUUGUUGACUCAUCGAAAUCCACAUCUCCACAUCGAACAUUGAACAUCACCCCUCAUCCCACACGCACCAUCCAUCCAACCUCCAAGAGAAGGAAAAACCAUCACGAGAAAAUUCACCAUUGGCCAGCUAUCCAAGGCAUCUAUUUAGAACUCGACUGAAGAGCGAGCGUUAAAGUUCGAUAAAUACUGGUUUUUUAAAUAAUAUUAACUACUAUAAACGAUAUCGGAUAUAUGUGUACGUUACACCUAGAGAUACGGACCUAGCGUAGUCGAAAAGCAAAAAGACCCACUUCGUUUGCUUGCAAAAGUUGGAGAUCCCAUACGAUAACAGAAAAUAUAUACAUAUGCAACAUGAUAAAUCUAUGCCUAGUUUAACUCAUUUCGAAUUGAAGACCGAUGCGUUAAUUGUAUCUGCGUGUAAAUAAAUUUAAAUUAAUUUCUACCAUUACUCGCUGCGACUUGAUUAUUUUAAACCCCUCCACCAACCACUAAAAUGCCUAGAAGAUCCCUCCCAGAUCCUCAAAGGCAACGGCCUACAUUGAAAGUGUUCAGUUUCUCACUUAAGAUUAGACAUUUGACAGCUUACGAUUAAGAUCCUUGGGUUAGAGACCAUCUAAGUUAAGUGCUUUAAGGCUUCAUUUGUAUAACUCGGAACAAUCAAAUUGUUUGAUCAAUUUUUGAAUAGAUUGGUGCUAAAUUUGUGUGUUAAGUUUACAUGGAAACAAGCGGAGAAAACCAACAGACAGUCGAACAAAAAAUAUAUAUACAUAUAUAUUUAAAGCUAUCUAUAUAUCGAAUACAUGUAUGUAAAAAUCAAAAGGAUUCUUCUCUAAAGCUCUUCAUUGAUUGUUGAAUUUAUAUAGAAAAUUUUGUAAAUUUUAUUAGUGUGACAAAGGAAAAUAUUAAAUGUAGAGGCAGCUGCGAUCGAUCUUGUGGCUGCCGUUUUAUGCUCCA